UUACACUACAUUGACCACAUACCGGUUUGUUUCCUAAGAUAUCCUCAGUAAAACAGCAGCGUAUGAAUUAUACAUACACGAUAUAAUUGUGCUAAUUUCGCACAUUCAUCCUGGUUUAUAUGAAUCAAUAUUCUCUGUGAAAAGUUGUUCAGCUUGUGUCACGGGGUGAUGAUGCGUCUCGCCCAUGCACUGGAAGUGAACUCCGCUAGCCAGAUGCUAACAGUCGCAGCAGCACGGCAAGUAGCGACAACGUCGGACAGUUUUUUGUGGGACUAUUUGUCACUGUACUUCGUUUGCUAUCUGACUAAAAUCAACCUUUAGGACACGAUCCACAUCAGGACACCAACGGAUGCUUUUUUUUAUAUAUAUCUGUGAAGAAGAGAGCUAAGUUAAAACAACUCCCGGGAGUGAGCUAACGCCGAGGUUAGCUGACGAGCUUUACCACAAAGUUCCUCACUCUUCAGCCUGGCAGGCGAAGUGUUGCUCACGUUAAAGUCUGACGAAACUUUCGCAGAUUAUUACAAUAAACACAGAAGAUGGCCUCGCUAGAGCCUGCGAAGGUGACCAUCACCUCUGUUAGCCCUUAACGGACUUCAAAGUCAGUAACGUUGGUUGACGUUAGCCAGCUUCAAAACUCCAGUGCCAGGAGAAAAACUGGACUCAUCCGACACAGCAUCCAGGUCAAAGAUGGAGUUAGCCGCGGCUCACCCGGCUCUCAAAGCCUUUAUGUGUGGCUCGCUCAGUGGCACCUGCUCUACGCUGCUCUUCCAGCCUUUGGAUCUGGUGAAAACACGACUGCAAACCCUUCAGAACAAUGCCAAGCCAGGUGCACCGAGGGUGGGGAUGUUUACCGUCUUUAUCAGUGUUAUUAGGACAGAGAAUUUCUUCAGUCUGUGGAAGGGAGUUUCACCAUCGUUUGUGCGCUGCAUCCCUGGGGUGGGCAUCUACUUCAGCACCUUCUACACCCUGAAGCAGCACUACUUCUUGGACCGGGCACCCAACGCUGGUGAGGCUGUUCUGCUCGGAGCAGGUGCCAGAGCUGUCGCUGGCGUCAGCAUGCUGCCAUUCACAGUCAUCAAGACACGCUUUGAAAGUGGCCGUUACAACUAUGUGAGUGUGGCUGGGGCUCUGAGGAGCAUGUAUGAGACAGAGGGAAUCAGGGCUCUGUUUUCUGGGCUGCCAGCCACACUGCUCCGCGACGCUCCUUUCUCCGGCAUCUACGUCAUGUUCUACAGCCAGGCCAAGAAGGCACUGCCUCAAGAGGUGGCUUCGUCAGCCUACGCGCCACUAGUGAACUUCGGCUGUGGGGUGGUGGCAGGCGUCAUGGCGUCUCUGGUCACACAGCCUGCUGACGUGGUAAAGACCCACAUUCAAAUCAGCCCAUCCCAGUGGAGGACUGCAGACGCUAUUCGCUACAUCUACAUGGAGCACGGUGUCAGUGGGUUUUUCCGCGGGGCUGUACCCAGGUCGCUGCGACGCACUCUCAUGGCCGCUAUGGCUUGGACUGUCUAUGAACAGCUGAUGGCUCGAAUGGGCCUCAAAUCCUGAGGAGCAACAGUAUUGUGCCACAAUAAAACACCAGAGGGAUAAUGAUACACAGCAUUUGCUCACUGAAAGUCCCACGAACGAAGAAAAGGGAGCCGAGGAGCUUGUAGAGACAGUAAACUAGCUCUACCAAGAUUGUGUCUGAAAAAAGUCGGAGAAUAUGUGUCUGUCUUUCUUUUCUUUGUUAAUAUUUUGUGAAAAUGUGCCUGUUUGUGUCUGUCCGUGUGUGAGUUUAAGAUUGUGACACUGCACUUGUGUCGGUCUUGGACUGAAGUGACACUCCUUGCUGUGAAGUGAAUUUGCACCUCCUCUCAUUAAAUAUGUUUGGGCACCUUGAGGCUGCCACUAAAAAAAAAAAAAGCCCUUGACAGAGGGCUUGUAACUGUGCUGGGCAACGUAGUUUCCUUCUGACAAGGUAUUUUAAAAUGCUGUCAAGUCAAACGGGACACUCAGCAAGCUGCUGUAUCGCACAUAUGCUGAGGUUACCAAAAACAAAGCACUGCAGAGAGGAGGAGUUCUGGCUUGUGCCAUAUUUAUAAAACUUGCAUUAGAUUUUGGCAAUCUCUCUUAUUUGCCAAUUAACAAACUGACUUAUUUAAUUUGUUUCAGGCUCAGACAAUCACAAGCACUCACACAGCUGCAUUAUGAGGAUAAAAUCACAAUAAAGCCUUUGUUGCCAUACCACUUAAAUCUAUGCUAAUUUAAAGUUUUUGUACAACUGUGGUGCAUUUUAAAGAAGUAAUAAUCGUGACAUCUGGGCUCAACAAACAAAGCUGGAAAAUAUUGACCCUGGUGGGUCCUGGUGUUUAAAUAAGCACUUUUAUAAUUUGAGAAAUUUAUCAUUUUGUUGACCUCUUGUCAUUUAAAUAUGAGCAUAUUUCCAGAACAUUUCAAAUGAAGCAUUGCUUAAUCACAACAUGAUUAUAAUCCACAUCAGUCAGUUUCUUCCUGGCUUUGUAAAUAUUUGACUUAAUACACAAUUGUUGGUUUUAACAAAUGAGGCCAUAUUUUUAUGUUGCUUGUACAUUGUGUCCUUUACUAUAAAUAGUAUUUAUUGUUGAUAGAAAGAAAUAUACUUAUGUAUGACUGCAGAAAUAAUGCCAAAUAGAAGAUCUCUUUUGUUGUGGGGGAGAUUUGAAAACGACUUAAGAUAGCAUGCAAUGGAUUCUGCAUCCAAAGUGCAAACACACUGACAAUUUUUGAAAGUUUUAGUAACAUGACAGAACGGUCACUACUGUCCAGUGUGAUCUGUGAUAUAACAGGAAGGUUGUGUAGAAAAAAGAUCAAUUUAAUGACAUGAGUUGAUUUCUAAAGAGCCUCAGUGUUUGCUGUGUAACACAAACUGUGUAUCUAAUUGUGCCGUAAUUCAAUGAAGUUUUACCUCAUCCAUUAUUUCAUCAUCACGCCACUCCUGUAGUCUUUGUUCAUCCUGGAUUGUGACUACAUUGUAUUUGGUCAUUGUUAUCGUAGAUAUUUGGUCUGUGUGUUUGCUCACACAGACACUGUGCCUGCCUGGUUUUUAACAUCAAUAAAUUGCCCUAAUUUUUUUGA